AUCAGGUUUCUUCAAGUUGAGCUUUACGCCUCAAUCUACAAGAGUGUAAUGGCAACGGCAAUCAGUGUGCUACUUGUGGCUUCCUUGCUCGGUUCAUCCUAUGCUUGUCAUUUUCCAGCAGUUUACACCUUGGGGGAUUCGAACUCUGAUACAGGAAGUGACUCCGCGACAUUCGGCCGGAUUCCACCCCCUUACGGAGAGACCUUUUUCCGUAAACCGGCUGGUCGAUAUUCUGAUGGGCGCCUGAUCAUCGAUUUUAUCGCUAAUGAGUUGAAACUGCCAUCAUUCUUGAGUGCAUACCUUGAUGCGGUCGAUUCGAACUUCAGACACGGAGCGAGUUUUGCUGUAUACGGAUCAACGAUUCAACCAGCCGUUGGCAAACUAAUCGAUGCAGGUUUUAACCCUGUAUCUCUCGAUGUACAGCUGCUGCAGUUUCAACAAUUUAAAGAACGUGCCAGUGAGCUUUAUGAUCAAGGCAGGAAUACAUAUAGGCUCCCCAAACCGGAGGAGUUUUCAAAGGCCCUUUACAUGUUAGAUAUUGGGCAGAAUGAUCUCACUUAUGCCGUUGUAACGACUUCCAUCGAGCAAAUUAAGGAAUCCAUUCCCAAUCUGAUCAACCAGUUUGCAGCUGCAAUAGAGAAGCUAUUUCAACAAGGAGCAAGAUUCUUUUGGAUACAUAAUACCGGUCCCCUCGGCUGCUUGCCGGUUUCCGUUCUACUUGGCCGUCCAAAACCCGGGAAUAUCGAUCAAGCCGGCUGCGUCAAGUCUCAGAAUGAGUUGUCUCAAGAAUUCAACAAGCAGCUUAAAGACAGGGUGUCUCAACUCAGGGACAAGCUCCAUGGUGCAAGGCUGAUAUAUGUGGAUAUCUACUCGGCUAAAUACACUCUAAUCAAUGAAGCACAUAAAUAUGGCUUUGUUGAUCCUUUAAUAAACUGUUGCGGGCACUUCGGCGAUUAUACCGUCCAAUGCGGGAAGACGGCAGUGGUGAAUGGUACUGAACAUUUCGGGGCAGCUUGCAGUGAUCCUUCUAAACGUAUUAGUUGGGAUGGCACUCAUUAUACAGAUGCUGCAAACUAUUGGGUAGCCAAGAGGAUCAUGGGUGGCUCUUUCUCGGAUCCCCCGGUUCCUAUUACCGAUGUUUGUUUAUAAGCUCGCAUACUGUGUCAUGUAGGACCAAAAUAUUGAGCUCAAUUACGCUCCAACAUUCAAUAAAAAAUUAGCUUGAUUCUAAUGUU